UAUUACGUGACAGUCAGCAUGCUAACUGCUCUUCAACACAAUCACGUACUAUAAUAUAUGUGGAUUGAAAGGUACAGUAUGGCAACAAUAACAGUAUUUUGACUUUGACUACAUGUAAAUGUGUAUAUGUUAGUAAUACUGUUAAGCAUUAGCUUCAUUUAGGCCAAUAAUUUCUAUGUUAAUUAUUUGCAUAACAAUUAAUCCAAUUUUUAAUCUCAUACAAAAUUUAGGUCAGGAGCAUUUAAAAAUUGUUGAAUUCUGUCAGUGUAUUAAGGAUGCUGAAAAACUAAUUAAACUCCAGCUGUGGCCAGGCUCAUCUUCUAAACCCAAAAUUGCAUUUCACUUUGACUUCAUGGAUUUUGCUGAAAAAUUCUUGCUCUAGAGCCAUGUAUCCUUGCACAAAUUUUGCAGCACUGUUGAAGUUGAAUAUCCUGAAAUGCUACCUAGAGUGGUCAAAAACAUAUAUAAUGUGUUAAACAAUGGAUCAUUCGAUGAAUACAGAUAUUUCAAACACCAAGUCAGAUCAUUAAAGUUGAUACAGAAAGACCUGAUUGAUUAUAGAAAUUGCCCUCUUUGCCCACAAACUGGUGAGUUAGGUGUGGCCAUUCAUUCCAUGGAUGCUUGCUUUGGUCUAACUUGCAAAAAGUUGGCAAGGAAUAGUUUUGCCGUCCCAAACCAUGGCUGCCUUAAGUUUGCUGAUCAGGAUGAAGUAGAUGAUUUUGUUGAUCAAUAUAGCAAGUCUAAUAACAAAGUAAGAAAGAGUUGUCAGAUAUUUAAGGCAGGAGAAGUUACAGAAGCACUUCACUCCAAAGGAAAAAAUCAGCUUUUUGAUGAAAAAGGAGUGUUUGGUAGUUGUUGCAGUCGGCAUUCACACCUUGGACGAUUUUUCAGCACUAAAUAUGGGGAAAGGCAAACAAGAGGCAUGACAUUUUGUCAAAAGUGUCAAUUUCGGUGCCGAUAUUUCAUUGUUAUGGACACAAGGCUUCAUGCCAGAUGGUCAGAAAAUUGCCACUCGCUUGUCCAGGCAAAUCACCAAGAUCACGAACAAGAUGAAAUUAACAAUUGAGAAACACAAUGCUGCCAUUGAUUCUCUUCGUGAUAUUAUAAACAGUUUACCCGAUCGUCUGACAUUUGACAAAGCGAACGAUCCUACAUCAGACCUUUAUGAGGGAUUUGAGUCUGGUGAGGAUGACAUUCUAGGGGAAGCCUCGGUCCCAGUAUACACAAAGAGGAAGGCUAUUGAAAUGUACUUAACCCUAAAACGAUGUGACGAGGAAGAGAAACUUUUAAACUUGGAAAUAGAAAGGCUUCUAUUGUAUUACACCAAUCUUAGCUCAAAAAUUGAUGAAGCACUUGCCGAUAUUGGUGAUUUGAGCAGCGAUGAAUUCAUGCUUGGUUCAAAGCAUGAACUGAUAAGAUUUAAAACCAAAUUGCGGAAUGAGUUGUUCAGCUUGAAGAAAAGUUUCGAGCUUCCACUUGGAGAAACUUUUCUUCUCCAUGCUGAGAUUGUCAACUUAACCAAUGAUGUCAACAUUCCCAAUGAAUCUGAAAGCUCACCGUAUGAGGAAUCCGAUACUGAAGAUGAAAACAUCGAAGAGCUCUCAGAAGUGGACAGUGACAUUGAAUAGACGACAUAGCUACUAUUCGUAAACUAAUAGCUACUUUUUAUGUACUUAUGUAAUUUAGUUGUUCACGUAUCUAGUAUAACUGAUAUCACGCAAACAUUUGGUUUUGUGA